ACAAGGUUAGAGCUUUCUUUAUCCUUUGUCCUUCUCUCUCUUGAACUCCACCUUCUUCCUGCCGCCUUCCUCCUCUCUCCCUUCAACUUGCGUUGGAACCAUGGACAUCUAUGAGCACCAGUCCAGUUGCGCCGAGCUAAAGCCUGUCGCUAUCGACGUUGAUGCCGAUGUCAACGUUGGCACCGGCUUGGGACUCAUUACCCCUGAAAUUGCACACUCCUCCACCCCAUCCCUGCUACAUCCGCCUCUUAUCCAUGCAUCUUCCUCAACGUCUGCAACGCCCGCAACAACAACACCAACAACAUACCCCGCAUCAAAAUUAUCCGUAUCUCGACCCCCAUCUCCAUCCCUGUCAGCCUCACACUUGUCCGUCAAAAACGAACACGGCGGAGCAAGGGCGCCCAGUAUACUCAGUCGACACUCUUCACGCGCGCCUAGUAUUCAGCAUGUGGCCGCCACUGCAGCAGUGCUGAUAAGCAAUCCAACAGCAAGACGGUUACGCAUGAACGUGUAUUCGGAGCUGGUUCGCGGCUGGUAUUACCUCUCGACCAGCUCAAAAAUACUGCUUUCGUACUACAUCAUGGCCACCAUGGUCGAGUAACAAUAACUGUAGUGGUGAUUGAACGAAAGAACGCACACGAAUGCUCCUUCCUCAUCAUCUUCCUCGCACUGUACCUGACCCGGGCCAUUGUCA